AUGCAUUCAAGUGCGCCGGAUGGACGUACGGAGGACAUGAAAAGGGGGCUCGACAACGUGGGCCUGUACAACUUUUACAACAACAUCAUCCCGAGUCAGUCCAUCAGAACGGCGAUCUACACAAACAUAAAAGGAAACAGAAAAAAGUAUUUACUAUACGCUUGCAGCAACUACCUCAACGUGUGUUCAGUAGAUAAGGAUGGCUACACAAGUGACUACAGCAAGCAUGCAGUCUUUGCAGAGAUCCUAGAGUUGAGAGAAUACAUCCCAGAAAAGCUAGCUGAUUCAGAAACAAAGGAAAAUAUAAAAUCGUAUGUUUUUUUACUAACGAGGAAGUACAACUUACUGCUUCUCCAUUUCGAUGUGAAGCUCAACGAUUUUGUAACCAUCUCGCAAGUUAAUUUACACGAAAGAAAUGGCAUGAACAUAGAAGAAGAUAUUACUCUCCUGUUGGACGAUCGCAACAGGACUCUCCUAUUCUAUGGGUACAAAGGUAUCUUAAAGUAUAUACACAUAGACUAUGACGACUAUUUUAAUUUAAGCCACAUCUACACCUUGAGGCUGGAUGAGGGCCUGGUCAUAGACAUCAUUUUUUUGAAGUUCAAACAGGGGAGGGGAAGCAGUGGAGGAAGAAGCGGUGGAGCGGGGGAAGGCAAGGAUCAAAUGAACCCCUUCCAGCUAAGCACCAGCAAGCACAGCACCGACACACAUGACGAGUAUGCAGCUGAGCCAAACCUCACUGCAAAGGGAGACCCCCACCGAAGCACCACCAAAAAGAGGGGUGAUCAUUUCACCACUGACUUAAGAACUGACAUUAAGACCGAAGGGAGAAGCAAUGCCCCGGAUGGAACUAUUAAACAGGAGAGUAGGAGCAAUGUUAUCGAUGGGCAAUACACCACCGUAGAACAAAUCAAGAGACAGUACGCAGAUAAGACGGCGUCCCUUGAUCACGACGUGUCCGUGAACGGAAGUUUCUCGAGAGGCGAAGAAUGGGGCACAUCAAAUCUUGGGUUGAAUAAACGGCUCAGUGAAUGGACAUGCGAAACUGAGAAUCAGACUCAGGAUGGAUCUCCCCAAAUGGACCCCUUUAUGGAUAGUUUUUUUGCGGAUAGCUUUUCGGAUGACAUACAUCGUGGAAAUAACCGAUCGAGAAAAAACAACGAAACGUUUGGAAGUCAUCACAAGGCAAGGAAAAAACAGAAAAGCAAAGUAAGCGCCACGAUCUGUGUCCUGUAUGACGCGAAGAAAAAGGAAUCCACUACCUACGAGAGGUACAUAAGACUGAUCCGUCUAUAUUCUGUAAAUGAUGAGCAGCGUCCCAGCAGUUUAAGUGAAACCAGUACAUCUAUGAACCCACGCGUAAAAAAUGGGUUCAGUGAAUACGGUUAUGUUCAGACUAGUGGUACUUCCUACCCACAAAACAGCGAAGUCAAUUCUACAAGGGAACCCAAGGAUGCAGAGAAGUGUAUCCAUCUCAUGUACUACAAACCCGUAGUAGUCGACUCAAGCAUAAACAAGCUCCUCUGUUUCGCCAGAAAUAAGCUCAUGUUGGUGGGCUUCCAGUUCAUUAGCUAUGUUAACUUAGAAACGGACAAAGACAGGAACUUUUUCCUGAGCUCCGAGUUAAGAACCAUUCGGUGCAUUGAACACUUAAAUAGGAAUAAAUUCAUUUUAUCCGACGAUUAUGGGGACCUCUUUAUUUUAACUUGUCUGUAUGAAUCCAAUCCGUCUUCGCUCAGAAUGAAGAAUGAUUGUAGUAAUGCGGGUAUCUCCCCGGCGGUAGGCCCUUCCAUGUGCUUCGAAAUGGGGGAAAUGCGCGAAGGCAUCCACCAAGGCCACGACGUGAACGACCGCGUGAGGAGGAGCAUCAGCAGUUGCAACAACAGCUACAUCAACAGCUGCAUCAGCUCCAUUACCCUGCAGUUCAUAGGCACCUGCUCCAGGUCCAACGUAAUCGUCUCCCUCUUCCCCGACAUCAUCUUUCUGGGCUCCCAAGUCAGUGACAGCUAUCUGCUGCUCAUGCACAAUUAUCCUGUAUGUGAGUACGAAGACUACAACCCCGUGGAGCCUCCCUCCCUCCCGACCCACAGUGAUUUCGACUAUCUGCUAAGCGACAGACAUGUCGGAGGGGGAGCGGUUGAUCAUAACUUGUAUGAUGAGAAUGGAGGCUCCCUUGGGGGGCAGCUCCCUAGAUGGGAUGCAACGAACGGGGCCGACGAGGCGAAUGGAGCGAACACCCGAUUUUCCCAUCUUGAGGGUAUAUCGCACCACGAAGCCCUUCUCAAGGGUGAUGCGUGCUCGGAGCACACCCUGUUCCCCCAAAGCGCUAACGAAAGUUGCGGAUUCAGCCACAGAUACCAGGGAAAUAUGCUCCCACACCACAGCUACGACGAAAAUGUGAUCCGAAACCGCAGCGAAUACGCGAGCGUAACGUGUCUGGAGAGCGCCGGUCUUAACACAGAAGAGGGAGGCGCACUUGUACACACCAAAAAUCCCAUGAAGGAAAAAAAAAAAAAAAAAAAAAAAUUUUUCAUCGAAAUUUUAUCGGUCAUACAAAACAUGGGACCCAUCCUAGAUUUCUGUGUCGUGAAAAAUAAGAAUGACGAGAAGGAGAUUAUCACUUGCAACAGUUAUGGACGAACCGGAUGUAUAUCGAUCAUUAGGAAUGGGAUGAAAGUAGACAUCAUUUCAAAGCUCAACUUUGGGAAGAUUACCAACAUCUUCGUCGUCAAGUAUGUUAUCCACCUCAGGAAAACUUCCCCCAGGGGGACUCCUGGGGGGGAAGAUCGUCCCGGAGGGGGCACGUUACAGAAGAGACACAUCCACGGGGAUGAGAAGUCACGAGGGGAUAAGAAUGGAUCCCUAAACCCCGAUCAUCUGAACCAGGAGCAGUUUCCACGAAACGGUAUAUUUCACACCCAUAAUGAAGAAAAAGGAAAGAAGAAGCCCCCCCUGAACUUCCAAGCAUUCGCCUACUUAAAUGAAAAAAACAGUGUCGAAAUAAAGGACAUCAAUUUGUGCUUUCUAAAUAAGUAUUACUUCCAGAACGAAAACGAAAUUGAAGUUUUGAAUUAUGCUAAUUUUAUUUAUUUUCACAUCUUCAUCAUUUGUUUGUCUUACGGAUUUCACACCAAGGUCGUCGGCGUGUGUCGGGAGACACCCGGAGAAAGGGCUGACAGGAACAGACGUGGUGUUCCAAAGGGGGCCACUUCAAAUUUCGGGGAACCUCCAUAUCGUCAGAAGAAGUACCACCACUAUGAUGAGGAGGAGGAGGACGAUGAUGAUAAUGAUAAUAAUGGCGAUAACGAUGAUGAUGAUGCCGCACCGUUCAACCACACGAAUGAGUACUUCCCGAAUGAUUACUUCUUUCCCUGUGGAAGACCCUCCAACAAGCAGAACCAAAUCUGCCUCUGUGAAUAUAAAGAUGUUGACGUGGAUCUCAGGAGCAACACUAUACACUUUAAUGUGUUAAAGAAUUUCCCCUAUCUCGUGCAAGUCACCAAUCGGCACAUCAAUCUGCUUUGCUGUUUAUCUCUAAAGAUGGUAUACCAGCUAGAGAAGGACUACAUUUUUAGGUUCUGCGUAUAUAAUGACUACUUCUAUGUUUAUUGUGACAGGGGUAUCGAAAUCUACUCCGUUGAGGAGAAGUACCUUCAGCUUUUACACACCCACGAGGUGAACGAAACGAUUAGCUCCCUCGUGGUUUACAAAAGCUUGAUGGUAUGUGUGCUGAACAGUAGGGAAGUGGUCCUGUUUAAUAUAGACCAUGGGGCCCUGGACCGAAUUAGAAUUGCGGCUCGGAGGUCUCUAGCGGACGGCGCGUCGCUCGAGGAGAAGAAAAAGGGGCAGCAGCAAAAUGAGAAGAAAAACCACGCCCUGAACAAGGCGCUGAACUGCGAUGAGAAGCCGAACGGCAGGGGCAUCUUCGUCAAGGCCAACCUCUACACCCCCUCGCUGGACUACUUCGUCUUCAUAUCAGACGUCCAAGUUCUAGACCUUAACGACAACGUGUACCUCUUUGUUGGGUACAGCAACGGGGUUGUGGAAUAUUUUCUUCUCUGUGCGGAUAGGAGGGGGGUCGAGGUAGCUCAUGUGGAUGAUCAGUCAAGAGGCGGAGGCAAAAAAGGAGGUAAAAAUGGAGCCAGCAAGGGAGCCAAAAGUGGAAGCAAAAAGAGGGGCCAAUCGAAGAACCAUCUCGCCCACUCAGAGGGACCACCACAUAGGCGCCGAACCCACGAUAACCUGUUCCGGCUUCACAAGUCCUACUUGAAAAAAAAAGAGGAAAGCUUACGAUGCAUUUAUCGCGACGAACUCAUUAACAGAGAGGAGAAGCAACCGACGCAGAGUUACAAAAUUAAAAUUACAGACACUAUGCAGAAGCAGAAAAAGGAAAAGAAAUACAAAAGGGAUUUAAUCAGGUACAUGUCCGAAACGCAUUCCAAUGUACUUCCCUACUUCAACAAUGAAAAAAAUGUCUUUACCAAUUUGUCCGACUUACAUAGCCUAUGUGUCAGGGACCAGGAGGAUGAAAUAUUGUUGGAUUAUGAUUUGUUUCACCAUGUCUACCCUGAAUCGGACACUUUUGUCGGCAUGGAGGACAUUCUGCAAUGGCGCCACUCGGGGAAGGUGCUAGCUGAGGAGGCCGACUCAGGUACAGGCGAAUCCACUCGGCGGGGGGGUGGAAACGGCCCCCAACAAGGCGAUGCGCACACGGAGAGGAAGGGCAACUCCAUUGCACAUAGAUCGAACUGUAAAAAAUGGAUAUAUCCCCGUGAGGGCAUCACACAAAAAGAUGACCGGAUCGCACAACAGGAUGAGGACAACCCUCCUGACGACGCGAACCAGUUCACCCAAUACAGCCAGUACGUUAAAUGUCCAGGCGUACCAUCCAGGUUGACGAACAAGCCCUUCAGGAGAAAACUAAAUGGUAAAAGCCAUCACAAAGAAAUGAGUCUCCACCGGAAGAAGGCAAAAUACUAUUUUCAGUUUUUUCAAAUUUAUGGCAUGUCAUCCGAAGAAUCUUCUGAGGAAGACGUGUUGAGCUUUCGCACCUUCGAAAUGUUAGACACGAAAAUGAAGCAGAGGAGGAAGCUACCUCAUGCCAGGGAGACUCCAAACUGUGGAAGCAGUUACUGCGAUGGGAGAAGCAGCAGAAGCAGCAAGUAUAUCUUUCGCGAUGAUGUGCGUAGCUGUCAAGGGGAUACGCGCAACAAUGUGGCAGGCAAGCGGAACCAUCCGGCAGGUAAGCCCACCUCGGGGGAGAGGAAGCGCACCUCCUGGAAGGAGCACAAACCAUUGAGCAAAACUCCAACUCUCCCAAGCGCAUCGUCUGAUUCUAACGCAGAUGGCAACGAUGUGUCCACUUCAGCAGUGAGGAAGGCCAUCGAUUUAAACCACGGAAUGGUUAGCGAUCACUCUGCCUCCGCCUCUACCCACGAUGGAAGAAGGAGAUCUUCGCACGGAGAGGCGAAGCUGAAGGUUCCCAGGAUUUCCACCUCAGUGGACAAAAUGAGUGCGGGUGACCCAGAAAGGAAAGGGACAAAGGAGGAGGGAUGGACGGGGGAUCGCACCUCAGUGACAAGAGAGACGAAGAAGGGAAAGGAUAAACUGCACCCGAGGAAUGCAAAUCUUGGGGGAAGGAAAGUGUGCAAAGAGGAGGAGAGCUCCACUGAUGAGCAGUCUGACUGCCACUCCACUGAUAACGAGUCUGACUGCCGAUUCACAAAUGAGCAGUCUGAUUGCCACUCCACUGAUAUCGAGUCUGACUCUCCCCCCACUGAUGGAAACCAACGUCGCCGUCCCCGCUCGCGCGGCGCGCCCCACAAAACGGACAUAAAUAAUGAAGAGCACCUGCUGGAAGAAAUGAAGAAGAACAAAACGAAAUUAACGAAAAGAGAACUGAAGCAGAUGAAGGAAAAAGAAGAAAUCCUCAGUGACAUCUUCCAAAGGAAAAUAAAAAAACAAUAUAACGAUGUCUACGUCCGAGAAAAACAAAUGGGUUCAGGAAAAUAUAGUGAUGUCGAUGCACAAGUAGAUGCAGAAAUAUCAUCAGAUGCAUCUGUGUGUUUUAAAAAUCUUAACAACAUCCUCUUUGAUGAAAAAAUGUAUCUAAAAAAGUACGUCGUGCAAAGUGAAAAAAUCCUCUUAACCAAGAGGAGAAGAAUUUCCACAUGUACCAAAAGUCCAGUAAGGUUCAAAACUUUUUUAAAAGUUCAGUCGGAAAAAAAUCAAAUUCAUAUGAACAUGAGUAACCUAACGAAGAGAUGCAAUUUCCUCUUCGUCUGCUGUGACAAACCUAUUAUUAUUUACUCGACACUGAAGAAGAAAUUGUCCAUCUCGAAACUCUCCAUUAGGAAUGUACACCUCGUGGACAUGUUUAGCGACUUCAAUUAUCUGAACCCUUUUCAUAACUUUCUGUCAUUUAAAAAAAAAAAUCAGAACAACUGCUACUUCAUCUUUUUCGAUGGAUAUAAAGUGUGCAUUUCGUAUCUAAACGAGAUGAAGAAGACGUUCAUGGAGAGAAUCCCCUUCCAUAGGACCGUUGAGAAAAUUGCCUACCACGAUGAUACGGGUUUGCUAAUCACGGCUUGUCCUGUGGAGGAGAAACACAAGACCAACCAGAUGAUGAAGCAAAUCGUCUGCUUCUUCGACCCCUUCCAGAAUUCGUUCAAGUAUUCCUAUAUCAUUCCCUCCAAGUUUAGCGUCUCCAGCAUAUGCAUUUAUGAAUUGCCGCCGAGCCCUUCCCCAGGCAGAGGUCACUCUAUGGAUGAAAUGAACCAGAUGGAUCGGACCAACCGGGACGACCGGCCUGUCAGCCCCCCCGUUCGCACACUGAUCUGCGUGGGCACCGCCAAUAACAACGAGCGCAUCACGGAGCCCUGCUCCGGCCACAUAUACGUCUUCGUGGCCAAGAAGAAGACCAACCAGUUCGAAAUCAAGCACAUUUACACGUACAAUGUGAACUGCGGCGGGAUUACCCACUUGAAGCAGUUCCGCGACAAGAUCGUCGCGGCGGUGAACAACACGGUCGUCAUCCUCGACAUCGGAAACUUUCUGACCAACUUAGGCAGAUACAUCUACAACUCCAGCAAAGCCAUCAAAAUAGAAAGCAACGAUGCCUUCCUGGAGGUGGCCUCCUUUACGCCGAGCUCCUGGAUUAUGAGUCUGGACGUUGUAAAAAACUACGUCCUCGUCGGGGACAUCAUGACGUCAGUGACCCUCUUGUCUUACGAUUUCGAAAAUGCCAUUCUCGAUGAAGUGUGCAGGGACUACGCGAACAUUUGGUGCACAUCCGUCAGUGCCCUGUCGGAGAACCACUUUCUGGUCUCAGACAUGGAGUCCAACUUCCUCGUCUUGCAAAAGUCAAACAUUAAGUUCAACGACGAAGAGUCUUUCAAGCUAUCGUUGGUUUCACAAUUCAACCACGGGAGCGUCGUCAACAAAAUGUUAUCCACCUCCUUGAGGAACCUGGUCGACGAUGAAGAGCGCCGAAACGAAAUUGUGCAGAAGGAGCGAAGCAUCCUGUGUGCCUCCAGCGAAGGCUCGAUCAGCGGCCUCAUUCCGUUUUCCAACUUCCUACAGUUUAAGAGGGCCUUGUGCAUCGAAAUUGCCAUAAACGACAACAUAUCGUCCCUCGGGAAUUUGAGCCACAGCUCAUACCGAGAGUAUAAAGUCAGCUUGGCCUCCAAAAACUGCAAAGGUGUAGUGGACGGGGAACUCUUUAAGAUGUUCUUUUACCUUCCCUUCGAGCGGCAGCUGAAGACGUACAUUUACGCCAAAUGGAUCGCCAAAAAGUUGAAUUGCAAGCUCGGGAGCUUUGAACACUUCAUUCUUGACAUAGAGAAUCUGUGCGGCCUUUUGUGA